ACUGUGUCUGUCCCACAAGUCCGAAGCCGCAUGUACACCCGCUCUGGAGCUGGAAGGGCGAAGUCGCCCGAGCUGAAGAAAAGUAUGAAGAGGAAGCAAACAGAUGAAGCACGUCUCCCUGAUCAGGCUGAAGUGUCACCUACUGCCCAGCUUGUUACAAAACAACAGCAACAACAAAUCAAAAAGCUGACAGAAAAAAUUCAGAGGCAGGAGGAGCUCAUCAAAGAGCUGUCAGCAGAAAAAGAUUUUCUGAAAGAACAGCUAGCAAAACAUCCUCCACAAGCCUCCACAAAUGACAUAAUGCUGCAUGGGAAACAACAAAAAACUUCCCAAGUUCAGUCAAGUUCAUCUGCAAGUACAUCAAGCAGUUCUUCAGACUCGAGUGACUCUUCAUGCAGCAAUUCUUCAUCUGACUCUUCGUCUGAGUCUUCAUCUUCAAAUGAAGAGAAGAAGAAGAAGAAGAAUGGAAAGAAGAAGAAGGGAACACCAAAAAAGAAGAAAAAAAGAGGCAAGAGUGGAAAGAAGAGACAAAUCAAAGCCCGCAAACAUGUCAGAAGAGCACGUGUCCCAGAUGAGGUGGUGGAGCGUUACAGAAAGGUCCUCAAGGCCUUCAACAAAGGACAAACAUUAACUGCAGCAUUCAGAAAAGUGGGAGUAGAUCGGAACACCGUUGUGUGCAGUGCUGCGGUGGCAGAACUUGCCAUUGCAGCCCCACAGAAGUACUCCGAGCUAAAACAGUUUCACAAUCCCAAAAAGAAACUUAGCGACUUUACAAAAGCUUGCAUCGACACAAUUGAUGCAAAUUCACAAAUUGAAGACACAAUCGACACUUUUAAAAAAAGUGGACAGUUACUGCCCCUUGGGAAGGGCAGAUAUUGAUUUUUUUUUUUUUUUUAAAGUUUGUUGAAAGUUUAAAAUGUUAUCCACAAUGUUGUUGUGAUGUGUUAGAGUUGUUAUAUGUUUGUGGCUUUGGUUAAUGUUAUAAAGGGCAUUCUUCAUAUUCUGUACUUUGCUUUUGUUUGUGGCAAAACAUAGCCCACACUUUAGGAGGCUGCAAAACACUCAAACUGUCAGUAAAGGUUCUCAUUCAUCCAGGUGGUGUAGUUUU